GUUUCAGCUUUCAGUCCAGAAGAUGUAUCAACAGACAUUGGAGAACUAUCUUUUAUUACAGAGCCCUCUCCUGAAGAUUAUGUCUAUGAAUGUAUUGUGUCUGAGUCCUGUCUGGAUGACUUAUUGCUAAAAUUUAAAACCUGUAAAUAUUUGCCAACAUGCGAUGCACUCGUCAUUCGCAAUGAAAAAAGUAUUGCAGGGACUUUAUUGACUGUUUACACAAUCUGUGAACUUAACCAUCGGUGUGAACUGUGGUGGAGCCAGCUAAUGAUUGGCAACCGCUCUUGCGGCAAUUUAUUG